GGAGAUCCCGGCAUGGAUCGUCGACGGAUAUUCGACCAUGAUGACCGAGAUCGACUCACAGUUGGCCGACAUGGGUCUUCAGAGCACCACUGUGGUUACACCCGUCGGCGUGGGGUCGUUGGCGCAUGCUGUUGUCAAGCACUUCAAGGCUCGUUCUGAGGGCCCGAAGGUGGUUACAGUGGAGCCAGACACAGCGGCAUGUCUAUACCAAAGUCUCAAGGCGGACAAGAUGACGCCAGUCGAAACUACACCAACGAUCAUGGAUGGCUUGAACUGCGGUACUGUUACACCCGUCGCGUGGAACGACCUGCGUCGGCAUGUAGAUGCAAGCGUCACUGUGUCCUGUUACGAGAGUCACUGUGCUGCGCAACACUUGGCGUCUGAAAGCGUUACAGCAGGCCCUUGUGGAAGUGCAAGCCUUGCAGCAUUGAGGCGAAUCGCGGAAUCAAGGGAAGGCUCACGUAUUCUGGACAGUGAGUCAGUCGUGGUUUUGUUAAGCACUGAAGGCUCUCGACCAUACCCGAUUCCUCACGAUGUAUCCAUUGAUGAUCCCAUAUUUCUCACCCAAGAAUUAACCCGAAUUGAUUCUUCGAAUGUGACUCUUUCCGCUGCAAAUGGUGCUGGCGAGGCAGGAAUAGUUGAUUAUAUCUCAGCAUGGCUUGCGCAUCGCGGUAUUGAGACUCACCGUAUUGAAACUGUCUUCGGACGUCCUUCUGUCGUCGGUGUCCUUCGUGGUAGCGGUGGCGGUAAAUCGCUGAUGCUCAACGGCCAUGUGGACACUGUUAGUCUGGCCAGCUACGACCAUGAACCUCUGUCUGGUCACUUGACUGAGAAGAAUGGUCGCCCCACUGUAUUUGGCCGCGGUAGCUUGGAUAUGAAAAGUGGGCUAGCUGCAGCUUUAUCAACCUUAGUUGCUAUUAAGACGAGUAGCUGUACUCUUCGUGGCGAUGUGAUCCUUGCUGCCGUGUCCGACGAAGAAGACGCUUCCCAGGGAACUCGCGACCUGAUGGAGGCUGGAUGGAAAACAGAUGGUGCAAUCAUUCCUGAACCAACGAUGUGCGCGAUCGUCCCUGCCCACAAAGGAUUCCUCUGGGUGGAGAUUGAUAUUAUCGGUGUUGCUGGCCAUGGUUCAAACCCUGCGACUGGAGUCGAUUCGAUCCUCUUGGCCGGUCGUUUCUUGACUGUUCUAGAGAAUUACCAACGCCAACUUCCUGUAGAUGAUGUACUUGGCCCGGCAUCUCUUCACUGCGGUCUAAUCAAGGGUGGUGAAGAACCAUCGUCUUAUCCAGCAAAGUGCACAAUCACGGUGGAAUUCCGUACUAUACCAGGCCAGACAGACGAAUCUAUCCUCCGGGACAUGCAAACCCUUCUUGCGAACAUCGCGAAAGAAACACCGGAAUUCAAAUACGAAGAACCCCGGGUCACCAUUUCUCGUCCCACUCAGAAAAUCCCAUCUGAUCACCCUUUGGUCCAGAAGACGGUUGAUCUUGCGAAGAAGUCGUUAGGACAUUCGCCUUCGAUCGAGGGCGCGGCGAUCUGGUGUGAUGCGGCGUUGCUCACGCAGGCUGGUACGCCGGCCAUUGUCUUUGGUCCUUCUGGCGAGGGUCUCCAUGCGAAGGAGGAGUGGGUUGAUGUAGAAAGCAUUAAGCAGGUAACAGACGUUCUUACUAGUUUAGUUAAAGAUUUCUGCCAGUAAUUGGUUUUAUUCCUAUAGAAAAGAG